AUGUCUCAAACCGCUGUCGCUGAUUUUGGCCUUAUUGGCCUUGCUGUCAUGGGUCAAAACUUGAUCCUUAACGGUGCUGACAAGGGCUUCACUGUUGCUGCUUUCAACAGAACUGUUUCCAAGGUUGACCGUUUCUUGGAGAACGAGGCUAAGGGCAAAUCCAUCAUUGGUGCCCACUCUAUUGAGGAGUUUGUUUCCUUGUUGAAGCGCCCUCGUCGUAUUGUUUUGCUCGUUAAGGCUGGUCCUGCCGUUGACGCUUUCAUCGAGGCUUUGGUUCCUCACCUUGAGAAGGGUGACAUUAUCGUCGAUGGUGGUAACUCUCAUUACCCCGACACCACUCGUCGUUGCCAAGAGUUGGAGAAGAAGGGUAUCUUGUUCGUCGGUUCUGGUGUCUCCGGUGGUGAGGAGGGUGCCCGUAACGGUCCCUCUUUGAUGCCCGGUGGAAACCCCGCUGCCUGGCCUCAUAUCAAGAACAUUUUCCAAUCUCUUGCCGCCAAGGCCGGCGACAACGAGCCCUGCUGUGACUGGGUUGGUCAAGACGGUGCUGGUCACUACGUUAAGAUGGUCCACAACGGUAUUGAGUACGGUGACAUGCAAUUGAUUUGCGAGACCUACGACAUGAUGACUCGUGGUCUUGGUCUCAGUGAGGCCGAGGUUGCCGACAUUUUCGACACCUGGAACAAGGGCAAGCUCGACUCUUACUUGAUCGAGAUUACCCGUGAUGUUUUGCGUUAUGUUGCCGACGAUGGCAAGCCUAUCGUCCAAAAGGUUCUCGACUCUGCCGGUCAAAAGGGUACCGGUAAGUGGACUGCUGAGAACGCCUUGGAGAUGGGUAUGCCCGUCACCCUCAUUUCCGAGGCCGUGUUCUCUCGUUGCUUGUCUUCCUUGAAGGCUGAGCGUGUCCGUGCCUCUGAGAAGCUUAACGGUCCCAAGAUUGAGUUCUCUGGUGACAAGAAGCAAUUCAUUGACGAUCUCGAGGAGGCUCUUUACGCUUCCAAGAUUAUUUCCUACGCCCAAGGUUUCAUGCUUAUGCGUGAGGCCGCUAAGGAGUAUGGUUGGGAGCUCAACAACGCCGGCAUCGCUCUUAUGUGGCGUGGUGGUUGCAUUAUCCGUUCCGUCUUCUUGAAGGAUAUCACUGAGGCUUUCCGUGAGGACCCCAAGUUGGAGUCUAUUCUCUUCCACCCCUUCUUCAAGAACGCCAUCGACAAGGCCCAAGCUGGCUGGCGUAGAGUUGUUGCUCAAGCUGCUAUGUGGGGUAUUCCCAUCCCUGCCAUCAGCACUGGUUUGGCCUUCUAUGACGGUUACCGUUGCCCCAAGCUUCCCGCUUCCUUGUUGCAAGCUCAACGUGACUACUUCGGUGCUCACACCUUCCGUAUCUUGCCCGAGCAAGCUACUCCCAAGUUCCCUGCCGGUGCAGACAUCCAUGUGAACUGGACUGGUCGCGGUGGUGAUGUUAGCUCUUCUAACUACCAAGCCUAA